AUGGCUCGUGGACCGAAGAAGCAUCUGAAGCGUCUAGCAGCGCCAAAGCAUUGGAUGCUGGACAAGCUGGGAGGAGUAUUUGCUGUACGCCCACGAACAGGACCACACAAGCUACGAGAAUGCCUUCCUAUUAACCUCUUCCUUCGAAACCGUCUGAAGUACGCUUUGAACUACGCUGAAGUGAAGAAGAUCAUGCGUCAAAGAGUUAUCAAGGUCGAUGGAAAGAUCCGUACUGAUCACAAGUUUCCCGCAGGAUUCAUGGAUGUUAUCAGCAUUGAACGCACCAACGAAACCUUCCGUCUUCUUUAUGAUGUGAAAGGGCGUUACACCGUGCACAGAAUCACUGCCGCUGAGGGACAGUUCAAACUUUGCAAAGUGAAGGCGCUUCAUGUUGCCAAGGGAAACAUCCCAUUCAUCACCACCAAUGAUGGACGUACUAUCAGAUAUCCCGACCCACAUAUCAAGAUCAACGACACCGUUGUCAUCGACCUCACCUCCAACAAAAUCACUGACUACGUAAAAUUCGAAGCUGGAAACCUCGCUAUGGUUACUGGUGGUAGAAACGUUGGUCGUGUUGGAGUAAUUGGACAUCGUGAGAAGCUGCCUGGAGCCUUCGACAUCAUCCACAUCAAGGAUGCUGCCGGACACUCCUUCGCCACCCGAGUCUCCAAUGUGUUCGUUAUCGGAAAAGGAAACAAGGCUCUUGUCUCAUUGCCAGCUAGCAAGGGUAUCCGUCUCACAAUCGCCGAGGAGAGAGAUAAGAGAUUAGCUCAAAAGAAAGCUUAA